CUCCUGCUAAAUCUUGUGUGUUCGGAGUCUGUGUGCAGUCUUUGGUACAGCGGUGUUCUCCGUCUUUUUCGAACAUUUCUCCGUCCAGGAAUACAAAAGUGAUGCCUCUCCUUGACCGGCCGAAUACAGAGGCAAAGGAGGACCAGCGGUGACAACUUUACAUCCCAUUUAACUCACUUUCCCGGAGUAUAUUUCGCUUUUUUUCCUUUCGGCUUGAAGAAGAAGACGUUGUGUUUUGGGUCCUCCAGUAAUGUCGGACCGCUUUUAAAAACAUACUUUUUCUGUCUCCAUGCGGGAGAAGAAACAUUUUGGAGUGUUUUUUUGAUACUUUUGUGUCUUUAAGGAUUGUGAGCAGUCGUGUUUCAGCACGGGAAUGACUCAUGUUUGGCCGUAGCUUCAUGUAAAUAUUUUUGUCGUCCAGCUCUUCGCUCAGCGGACUCAAGCCGCUGCUACUGGAUAUACGAGGACUUUAGCGCAGUAACUUGCUGUAAAUGGAUCGCCAGUCCACUUUCAUUUCCCUUUGGCUACAACUGGAACUUUGUGCCAUGGCUGUUCUUCUUACUAAAGGAGAAAUAAGGUGUUACUGUGAUGCGCCGCACUGCGUUGCCACGGGAUACAUGUGCAAGUCAGAACUGAACGCCUGCUUCACCAAGGUCCUGGACCCGCUCAAUGUAAACUCCCCCCUCACCCAUGGGUGUUUAGACCCCAUCGUCAACUCUGCGGACAUCUGCAGUAGCAGCUCCAGGGCCGUGGACAUCCUGAGCGGGGCCUCGACGUUGGAGUGUUGCCACGACGACAUGUGCAACUACAGAGGCCUUCACGACCUGGCGCACACCAGGGACUCGACAGAUCAUAGCCGCUACCAGCCGGACACCAACAACAGGAACCUAGUGACCCGGGUUCAGGAACUAGCCUCGGCCAAGGAGGUGUGGUUCCGGGCGGCGGUGAUCGCGGUCCCCAUCGCCGGCGGCCUCAUCCUGGUGCUGCUCAUCAUGCUGGCGUUGCGAAUGCUGCGCAGCGAGAACAAACGACUUCAGGACCAGCGGCAACAGAUGCUGUCGCGCCUCCACUACAGCUUCCACGGCCACCACACCAAGAAGGGCCACGUGGCGAAGCUGGACCUGGAGUGCAUGGUGCCCGUCACGGGACACGAGAACUGCUGCCUGACCUGCGACAAGAUGAGGCAGGCCGACCUGGGCAACGACAAGAUCCUGUCUCUGGUGCACUGGGGGAUGUACAGCGGCCACGGGAAGCUGGAGUUUGUAUGAUUCCUGCCGGGAACUCUGACAUUGACACAAACCGCCUUCUCUAACGUUGGCUUUCUUCUUUUUAAAAAGACAUUCCCAUGUUUUCGUCCAUCGGGCUGUUGGGUUCAGUUCUUUUUAAACCAGUGGCGAAAAGAUACGAGACUGAUCUCAUGCCGUGUGGUUUUUGCUAGAGGAGCACUUUACUUGAAAAUGAAAAGGCGAAGCAACGAGGAGCUGUAUUUAAAAACUUGAGAGGGCAGAACUGAGGUGGAGUGAGCGCUCCGUCACUGCUCCUGAGGAUCCUGGACUUUAACACUGAGCGCUGAAGGAUUCCAAAUCUGUCUUAUUUGCACAUUUGUAAAAAAAAAAAAAAAAAGUUGUCGUUGCUUAAAACAAGAAUUUUACACUGACACCAGGGUACAAAAAAACAACUUGUCUGAGGAGUAUAACAAAUUCAGUGUUUGACUGUAGGUGUGCACACUCCUCUGUGUACAUUUCAUGAUUCAAGCUUAUUGUAAAGAUUUUAAAUAUAUAUAUAUUUUUGUCUGAUAAAACUGACCGGUGUGUGUCUUGCUCUGGGUGAAUGUCCAACAUCUCUCUCUGUGAUCAGACUAUAAGCUUGAUUGUGAGUGUGAAAGAAAACCUUCCAUUAAAAUUACUUUUUAUUUAA